CUGCAGGGGCGGGGCCGCGUGCCCUGAGGGGGGCGGGCGCGACGCUCAGUUAGUCAGUCUUUCGCCUCAAGUUGCCCGGGCAGGAGGAGAGCGAGGCGGGGACGGGCGGCCAUGGAGAAGCCCCGGCGGCCGGUAGUAGUGACGGGAUUCGGCCCAUUCGGAGAGCAUUCGGUGAACGCCAGCUGGAUAGCCGUUCAGGAGCUGGAGAAACUGGGCCUGGGGGACGACGUGGAUCUCUACGUCUACGAAAUCCCCGUGGAGUACCAGGCGGUGCAGAGGCUGAUUCCUGCUCUGUGGAAGAAACACAGCCCUCAACUGGUGGUUCACGUUGGCUUGUCCGGCAUGGCCACGACCGUGACGCUGGAAAAAUGCGGCCACAACGUGGGCUACCGGGGCCUGGACAACUGCCGCUUCUGCCCGGGCUCGCACUGCUGCGUAGAAGGAGGCCCCGAAUGCAUCGACUCGGUCAUUGACAUGGAUCAGGUGUGCAAGAGGGUCUCUGAUCUGGACUUGGAUGUCCUUGUGACGAUAUCAAAGGACGCCGGCAGGUACCUUUGUGACUUCACGUACUACACUUCCUUGUAUCAGAGCCACGGCCGGUCGGCCUUUGUCCACGUGCCUCCUCUGGGGAAACCGUACACCGCGGAGCAGCUGGGCCGGGCUCUCCAAGCGAUCAUCGAGGAGAUGCUCAAUGUCUUGGAACACUCGGAGAGCGACAUUAACUGCCACAACGAGCAUUGAUCUUGGGCCAGAAGACCCCCCCUUUUCUUCCUCACUGUUGCACUUCCAAAUCGUCCCGCCCUCCUUGCAGAUUCCGGGGUGGGGGGGGAGGAGGGGGGGUUGAAAGCAGCACACCCGGAAACAUCUACGGGGAGAAUUGGAAACUCCGCCUGUCGGGCGUGGCCUGUGGCUCCGAGAGCCGCCCCGUGAACUUCCUGUCCGAGUCGUCCGAGUCUCGGCAUCGCGGGGCGAACCGGCCAACUGACUUGGUUCCCUGCGGAGGAUACCCAGUGAAUCAAAGGAACAGGCAUGUCCGGAUGAGGGUCUGUCUCCCAGAAAAAUCCAGGAAUACCGGAGGUGGAAGACCGGGCCCUGAUUGCUCACCAAUCAUGACUCCCUUUAACUUUGUGUGUGCUGGUUCUACGUAAUUGCGUGGCCCUGAGCAGCAGGGGCCGGCGCCUCUGACUGCGGAGGCAAACGGAGCCCCUUCUCAAGAGCAGAUUAAAAACCCCAGGAAGGCCAUGGUAACUGAACGGAAGACUCUCGUGUUCUCGGUUAAUGUUCGGUGAUGGAACAAGUUCAGGGAGGAGAGCCCUUUCCGUCCCUCGAUCCGUUUCUCAUCUCAUCGAGAGGCUCGAGUCGGGAUUUUUUCGAAAAGAAAAAAAUGCCCUCCGUUGGAACGCUGCCUUUCGUGUGCUCUGUAACCAAGUACCUCCAUGUGCGGGGACGUCCCCCUUGUGGCCUCUUUCUGAGACUUGCGUUCACACCCUGGGGGGGUGCUGUACUUUAUCCUCUCCCCGCCUCCCUCCUAGUGCCUCAUGCCCCCGUGUACCUUAGAAAGUCAUGUGGCGUUCAUAUCCGUGUAGACUUUUCUGCUCUGCUGGGAAGCUGAGGACGUGAUGAUGAUUCGGUGUCCCCUCUUCUGCGGGCGACCACGCCUCCUGCGUGUGGUGGGCAGGAACUUCCCGGCACCCCUUCUGGGUGACUGUUGCCUGGAAGGGUGCCACUCAUUCAGCUCUGUGGAAAGUACACUGCACUUUUUAGCCACAUUUGUGGAGGGGGAGGGAUAUGCCCUGCCGGAAGUUGGGGCUGUGCAAACUUCACUCUAAACAGUAGGUAGCCGAAGCCGCUUUUGGUACAGUAGCUGGAUGGAGCUACGGUUGAAACCGUAGGCGGUAGAGUCACGUGACUCGAAAGUCCCCGUUCAAAACGGGCAGCCUGCCAAUCAGAAAUGUCUUUGCUGAAAGAGACCAGUUAAAGGAAACCUCUCGGAGCGUGCGCUUUCUUUAAAAGAAAUGUUUGUUGCUGUUCUGAUCCUUUUCUUUUUAUGAUUCUGCUUUAUUCUGCUUUUGUUAGUAACUCUCAUCCAGCUGCUUUGUGUUUCACGUGCUUAACCUUUGAAAGGUCGGUCGCCUGGGUGGGUUUCUGGGCCCGUAGCUGACACUUUUUGAAUUGGAUUUUAGCUCCGGCCCCGACCCAAGACUCCCGCGGGCCUCCAGAUCCCGAGCAGUUCUCAGGGGCGGGCUGCAAACCUCUUAUUGUUUCAUUUUUUUUGUAAUUUAUUAUAUUUAAUUUUUUUUUGUCCACGUGUUGGUGACAUCUGCACUUCUCUCUCUCUCUCCCUCUCCCGCUCUUUUUUUAAUUUUCGGCAACAUUUUGCAAUAUGUUUUGGAUUCUGCCAGCAGCUCGGACCGUCGCAUAUCCUGUGACGCAUCCCGAGGAGGGCUGCUUUAAAGAGAAGUUGUUUUGUGAAUUCUGGUAACAGGUGCUUUCAAAACAGGGCUCUGAGAUGUGGCCGGGGCAAAUUUUAUCCCUGCAAGUGAACGUCUUGACUAGAACCUCGAGUCCCAGUUUUUCACCAAGGGGAAGAAUAGCAGGGCAGAAGCCUCUCAGUAAACCUAACUGCAGGCCCUCAUCCCUGGGGGGUGACAGCACAGAGUAGAACACGACCCCUUUCUUGAAGCUGUGAAAAAAUGCUGGGGUUAUAUCUUAGGAAUGUUUCAGUAAGGGGCGGCCAGCCUAUGGUGCUCCAGAUGUUCAUGGACUACAAUUCCCAUCAGCCCCUGCCAGCGCAACGAGGGGUUGGUGCGAUGCGGAAGCCCAGGUGAGGUUCCCGAGGCAAUCUCUCUGUCAGAGAGACGACCCACCCUGCCCCCCGCCCCCAGCAAACUUCAGCGUUAGCUCCCAGAGCUGACCCCAAUGGAGCUUCUUUUGUGAAGAGGUGGCUACUCCCUGCGUGCCAUGUGGCAAAACACACCUGAGCCUCCGGUGCUCCAUGGUGUACAGAGCCAGGGCUCCUCAGCAAAGUGUGGCUCGUUUUUGGGGUGGCGCAGUCCACUGCCGACUUACCUGUGCCCUGACAGGGAUGGUGAGGUAAAGACCGUCAGCCAGGCUGAAGCCCAGAAGUUCCACAUCUCAUUCCGGAUUUGGAGCUGGGCCCCCCAGAUUCGAACCCCCAUUUCCUCUGCUACGCCAACUCACUGAGUGUCCUUGGGCUGUUUACCUCUUCUGGCCUGUCCUACCUCUCAGGGUUGUUGGGAGGAUAAGAGAAGGCUGUUGCAUAUCACUUGGAGGUGGAAGCGGGGUACAGCUAUCUAGGUCACUAUUAUAUGCAUCAGUUCAAGUAGUCAUGUGACUACUCCCCAAAGGUGUAUGGGGGGGAAUGGCGCCUGGGGACAAAACCGCUGGGCGUCCCCGUGGGUUGCAGAGCCCCGCCCCUGCGUAGCCCCGCCCCAUCAUUGGGACGUAGGCGGGGCCAAGAGAGGCCCAAAUCAGAUGAGAAGACUGAUUUUGUGCCCCCCCAGGUGACCAGAUUAGUUGCGCCCGGGGAGAUGGGUUACCCAAUGUCCCCAGGCAGAUACGCCUCGAUGCCUCCAGCUAGUUAUUGGAUGUUAGUCAAACAAACACUGACUAAGAGUUAUUGGAUGUUAGUCAAAAAAAACAGACCUUAUCACAAAGUAGUCCCUUGCGGGGUUGGGUCUGCUGAUUGGCAUUUCUCCUCCCAUGCACUGGAAACAACCUCCAAUUGCUUGUUCUGAUGUGGGGGAGGGGGUGAUCCCCCCCGCCCCCACCGGAUUCUUUCUGUGCUCUGCCCCUUGGACUUGCCAGCAGACCUCCAGUUGAAAUUAUUUCCAUAACGAACCUCUCUCUAGAGCAAAGUCCCCUCUUUGCUUUGGGAGUUAACAACAACUGAUGCAUGAAGGAACUGUUGGAGCUCUCCUUCCUGCUAACGCGUUUCAGGAUUAUUAUUUUUUUUCCUUUUGCUUUGCUUGAACAGUUUUUUGCAUCUUCUUGAGAACUUCUAUUAAAGCCUCGUCGCGGCUGCUUUUUUCUUAUUUUGCUAGCCAGAAAAUAUAAUUUAUUCUGUAAUCUUCUGGUUCUUACAAACACCUUUGAUUUAGGGGACAGCGGCUUCUCAAGCAGCUGAUAUCUUAAGUAGGAAGCACUUGUAUAUUUUUUAAGUUGCAUUAAACUCAUUUUAUUCUGUUAUAAA